AUGUCUGGCAGAACGCUGUUACUCUCUCCUCCGUCCCUUUCCUCCCAACCGGAAAGAUUGAAUGGUAUCCUUCAGUCUUACGACCGCAAGACAACUGAUCUGCAGAUGCUAGAUCGCUUGAUCCUUGGGGUUGUAAAUCUACCUGAUGCCGCAUAUUCCAGGAUCAUCAUAUUGGCUGGUGAAGAGGACUCAAUUUCUGAAAGCUCAAAGCUGACCACGCGCGAGACAUUCAGUCAUAUUGCUCGGUCACUCCAAAAGGGUGGGUAUAUCUGCAGCCAGCACGAGCAACAAGGACAAGCAUUCGACCACAACGAAGCUGUAUUAGUUGGACUGAUACCCACCGACAACGGCAAAUUCGUGAAACCAGAUAUCGAGGACAUGCGAGCGGUUCCUCUGCGGCUAGGGAGGAAGAAACAUGACAAAACCAUAAGUUCUAACUUGGCCGAACCUGUUAGAAAUCAUCAGGCAUCACCUACUGUUGCUCAGGACCAGGCCGAGGAUGGUUUCCGCUACUCUAGUGGGCGAAAUAUUGUCACAGCAAGUGCUCAUGAGACUUCUGAUAAUGAAAUCAUCGACGAGGAGGACCUCUUAGAUGGGAGUGAACUCGCGGCCCCUAUUAUACAACCACCGGAAUGUCGCCCGAAAGCAGGAAGGCGCCGUCGGGCUUGCAAGGAUUGCACCUGCGGGCUUGCUCAGAAACUUGAGGAAGAAGAUGCUAUGAGAAGACACGCCGCUGAUAAACAGCUUGGUGCCAUGAAAUUGAGUCAUGGCGACUUGGCCGAAGUCGACUUCACUGUACAAGGAAAGGUGGGAAGCUGUGGGAACUGCUCCCUUGGUGAUGCUUUCCGCUGCGAGAAAAUUGUGGCCUCUGGCAAGGGCUUCGGGAUCCUGGGUACAGCAAUGUUGUCCUCAGCCCUUGCCAGUACCAUGGUUGUAUUCAGUGAUGGCAGGCAUAUGUAA